AUGGGUGAUCAGGCCAGUACACGCUCGGAGUGCUCCACUACAGGUUUGGCACAAAUAGUUUGUGUGAACAUUCGAGGUGGAUAUUCCAAGUGGGAGAGAAGAGCCUCAAUGCACUGGGGCGGCAUUGUGAGAAGACUUCAUGCCUGCUCUUUCUGUGUUAGACAGGGCUAUGAAGAGCUGGAGAGACAACUGAAAGAAGUCUUCAAGGAAAGAAGCAAUAUCCUCCGACAGCUGUCAAAGACUUCCAGGGAACUUGAUGGAAUUAAAGUAAACCUUCAGUCUUUGAAAAAUGAUGAAGCAUCAGCCAAGAGUGAUGUUCAGAAACUUCUGGAAUUGGGCAAAAAACAAAGGGAAGAAAUGAAGUCUCUCCAGGAGGCCUUUCAAAAGCAACUUAAUGAGGCAGCUGAGAAAGCAGAAAAGCAGCAGGCUACAAUUAAUUUUUUAAAGACUGAAAUGGAAAGAAAGAGCAAAAUGAUCCGAGAUCUCCAAAAUGAGAAAACUUUAGCAAGGAUAUGUUUGAGAGUGAAUGAUCUCGUUGAUUCUCUGACAAAGUGA